AUGAGACGAGAACACUUGUUUCUGGGGGUGGUGGCAGCUUCUCUGGCGAACUGUGCUGAACUAGGACCUGUUGGAUUCAAUGUCUAUACUGAUAUAUACGCCAGACCACAGUUUGGAGUGUCAGUUCGAGGAGAUGGUUUGGCAGAAAACAAGCCUGAAAGCAUCUAUGAUAACUAUAUAUUAAGAGAGGAUGCUUUAGAGGUGUUGAAAUUCCAGAAAGAAGCUGAAGCCACAGGAACGAAUUACUUUUGGUCACCCAAUGGAGCUCGUCAUUUAGCUAUACAAGCUGAGGGAACCGAUAAUGUGAAUAAAGAGCAGCAUUUUUUUGGAAAUGAAGCACAAUUUGAAAAUCAUAUAGCAUCGCCAAUGGAGUACAAAUUCAUGACUCUGCAUGGUAACGAAUAUUUCUGUGAGAUCCCUCGAGUGCCAUUGUCUCGGUCAAUUGAGCUUAAAACAACUCACAAUACCGGAUCUGCCAAUGACAAAGACUCGAACUCGAAAUCAAUAGAUGCUAGCACCGUUGAACAGAUAGGUGAAAGCGAUGGCCAUGAUGAGACUGAUGUUCAUUAUCCUAACUCAGAGAACAAUGACGAUAGUAGUACACCUGCAAGUGAUAUUGUUGCCACUACUAAUGAAGAAUUGACCCCAUUGAUUUCACCAUCGUCAUUAGAAUCAUCGAAAUCUAGAGCUCUAGAAUUACUUCAGCCUCUGUCUGAUGGCUGUUUAUAUUAUAACGCAGGAUACUGGACCUACUCGAUCUGUUACGGGCAUGAAAUCACCCAGUUCCAUGCUGCUCCUCAACUGUCUAGAGACAAGCCGCCAGAGCCAGAAAAGGGAGUUCCUUCGUAUGUUCUUGGCAAAUUUGAGAAUGGACUGACUACUGUUGAUAGAAUUACCACCAUCAAGCGAAGUGAUGAUGGUGGUGCCUACUAUGCCUCACAGUUGUUAGGCAAUGGAACAGAUUGUGACUUGAUUGACGGGCCCCGAAGUAUUGAAGUGCAGUACUUGUGUAACCCCAAAACCAUAAUUGACACUAUCGUUCUUAUCAAAGAAGUACGUACUUGUUACUACAGAAUGGUUAUUAACACCAAACGACUGUGUAGUGACCUUGUGUUCGUACCACCAAAGGAUCCUGGUGUGAACGAAAUCAAGUGCCGGAGAGUAGUUAAUUCUGAGAACGAAUUGACCAAGUUGCUGAUGGCAUCUGACGAGCAAUCUGAUCAAGAUCAAACAAACAGCAAUAGCGAGCUACUACAAACGUCAGCUGACGAUAUCUUCAGACUAUCUGGGGGAUUAAAAUAUACAGACGCGAGGACUUUGCUGGACAUUGACCCUCCAAUAUACCCCGUUCAACCAGCAGAACCUGAAGAACCUGCACUGCUCUAUCCAGCACCCGGUGUGGAUAUUAUGAUCCCGUACAGUCUACCUGUUGAUACUACAGGAACUCCCAUCAUGGAAGAAUAUGCCUCAACACUGGAGUUCAUUCGAGACGGUCUGCUCAACGACAUUGGCAACGGCUUUUACAGCUACGGCGGAGUGGCCAUCAGUGGAUCUGGCGAUUUUCAUGCUGACAACAUCCACGUGCUGGACAUCGACGGCAGGCUCAUAGCCAAAGCCACCAUAACUGUUAGCAACGGCAUUGGCCAAGUUCUCAUCACCGUGGACGACGAAAUCGACCAGAGCUCCAAAUCAGUCACCCAUGACCCGGAUGGCGGCAUUUUGACCGAAGAAACAAAAGCAUCUUUUGAAACUGACAAAUCACAAAAAUUAUCUGAUGACGGCGACGAGUACUUUGAGUCCGAAUCAUACGCUUCAUCAGCCUCCUCCUCGUCCGAACACUCCUCCCCAGACCCUGACGCUCAGCACGACACUGCCAAUGUAGCUUAA